AUGGCGUACUCAAACGCAAUGAGAUACGUGAGCGAACGCUCAACCGACCCGAUCGGUGACGGCGAGGUGCCGUGCGCGCGCAGGUCGCGCAUCUCCGGCAGCGCGACGCUCGGCCGCUCGAGCGGGGGCCUGGGCGCGCUGGGCGCCGCGGGCGGCUCGCACACGCUCGGCCGCGCGCCCCACAACGGCAAGUACGCGACGCUGAGCAAGCAGUGCAAGACGCUCGAGAGCAGCGACUUCUAC